GAAUAUAAUAGAGAAUAAUAAAAAGAAAAAACAGUUUCUCUGAGUCCCACCAUUUCAUUUUCAAAUCAAAGCAAAAAGAAAAUCAAAUCAUUUCACAAACAGAAACCCCCUCAUUAUAGACUACCAAUUACAAAAAUAAUAAUCCCUCUCACCCAACACCAUGAAUUCAUCAUCAUCUUCAUCCCAAAAUUCCCAUAAUAAAAAAUCCUCAGCUUCUGCAUGGCAACACUCCAUAAUGCAACAAACUAAUAAGAAAAACUCAUUCAGAAACCCAUUUCAAGAUCUCAACAAUGGUGGCUCUGCCACUGUUAGUUCUAAUUCAUCUGCUUCUCUGUCCUCCAUUGAAGCUCCUAAAGGUUGUCUCAGGUUUUUUCUAUCUAACAAUUCUUCUUCUGCUACAAAAACUCAGUUAUCUAGCCCUAGAAAUAACAAAAAUGGAGUGAAAAAACUCAUGUUAUCCAGUCCUCACAAUCCUAAGUCAGCACCUAGUAUGAGACAUGUUAAGGAUAGCUCUUCAAAAGGGUCUAUUUUUCAUAAACCCACUUCACAAAAGUUGGAGAAAUCUAAGAGAAACCCUCUUAAAUCUAGGAAAAGUAAUGAUAUUUGUGAUGGUAAUAAAAAACCCAGUUUGAGUAAUGUUAAAAGUUUGAAACUUUCUUCAGGUUUGAACAGUAGUAGAGGCAGUUUAGGAGAGAUGAACCAGUUGGUAGUUGAUAAAGUUAGUGGCUUUAGUGUGUCUAAUGAUUCGAAUUUGACUCCUUUGAAUAAGGUGGUUAAUGGGUCUGGUUUGAAUCUUGGUGGUGUUGUUGAUGAUAAUGUUAUGAUUCAUAAUGAUGAGAGUCUUUGUAAAAGUAAUGCUAAAUCAAUUAGUAGUAAUACUAAGACUCCUCCGGUUCAGGCCUCGGUUUCUCCUGAAAUACAAUGCGGGUCGUCCAUGGUGUCAUCAAUGACUGCAAAAACAAUCACCCCUGUUUGUUAUGGUGCUGGUUUUGUAGCUUCAGGGGUUGUUGAUAAGAGGAAGUGUAGGCCUAGAGGGGUGCUAACUGUUGGAGAAGCGAAGGCUCUUGAUUGUUUCGGUAGUGAUGGUGAAUCGGAUAAAGAGAAUACUCCGGUUCCGGUUAACAAAUCUAGAGCCUCGGGAUUGACUUUGCCUAUGGAGGCUUCGAUGCAUUGGCUUUUGUCGCCCUGUAAUGAGGAGGAUGAGGAACUAAAAGAGAAUUCUGAAGAUGGUUCAUCCCGGUUUCGGAGGUUGGAGGAGCGUGCCUUGCACAAUUUUUCGGCUUCACCCUUGUCUGGCAAUGAUAUUUUUUCGCCAGAUUUACUCGAUGACAGCUUCAACAGAAGUGUUUCUAGCGGUAGUUCUAGGAGGAAGAUAAAGAGUUCUUCAUUGAUUUCGCCAAGUCUAGCAUUUACGGGGCUUCAACUGUACGAUGAUACAGUUUUAACUGAUUUAUGUUCAGGAAAAGAAAGGAAGAAAUGUUUUGAUCUUGAUGAAGGUAAAUCCCCAUUAUCCAUAGAUUCUCUGGGUUGUGGAAAUAUAAUUCAAACCCCGCAAUCUGACUCUAGCUCGGAUAGACGAAUUGACAUAUCUUGGUUAAAAGCUGACGGUGAACGAAAGAAUGGUAACUUUGAUAGUGAGCUUGAUUCUGUGGCUGAGAAUCUUCAGAUGGCCAGUGUAUCUCCCAAGAGCCAUGUGUCAAUAUGGGAUCCAACGAGUUCAAGUUUUCAGUUUGAUCGUUUGACUUCGCCGUCUAAUUCUGUUGAUCUUUCUCAUUUUCUGAAAUUUUUAGAUGAUAGAGCUUCACUGUAUUCUAAUUGCACAACGGAAAAUGCAUCACAGUCUCAAAUGAGGAUAUCAUGGAGGGAAGGAUUGUCUAGUCGGAUCUUUGAAAUGGACGAGUUUGAUUCGUGCAGAUGCUUAUCAGAUGAAGAGGAUGAUGCCAGUGCCAAUGAGUGCAAAGAUGACUGCUUAAAUGUUCAAUCUUGUUCUGAUCCGAAUGUUCAUACAGUUAAUGAACAAACUUCAACUAAUUGUGGUUCUUCAUGUACCGAUUUUAUAGAAGAUGGACACGAAAUUCGUGUUAAAUUAAAGAAGGAAAUCGUCCCCCAGGUAUCAUGCUCAUGUGCAGAGUCUAUAAGCACUGAUGCAGGGGGUUUGGUCCGUUCCGACGAUUCGGACUGGACAUUAUGCUACAAGAAUCACUUGUUUCAAUUGUAAUAGGUACCCUCUUUUUUUAUUUUUAUUCCUUAGCUCAGGUAGAACAAUCUUAGAGACUGACAGUGGAAUUUAUUGCUCCGAAUUUGUAUUCGAGUUCUGUUCUGAAUUUUCUUGAUUCAUGAUGAUGAUGCUCUUUGUUCAGUCAUCUGAAUUUUCUCAAAAAGUUUAACAUCAUAUCUUGCUGCUCUGAAA